AUGGUGUCCCGGAAGAAGCCUGAUUUUGUGUACCUGAUGGAAACUAAAGUAGGACGAGACAAUGCAGAGAGGUUACGAGUGAUGCUUGGGUUUGAAGGGUUGUUUUAUGUGGAUCCUGUAAGAAUGGGUGGUGGUUUGGCUUUGUUAUGGAGAAAGAAUGAUACGGCAAGACUCAUAAGUUUCUCGAAAAAUUAUAUUGAUUUGGAAAUUAGCAUACCUGGUUUCCCGAAUUGGCGGAUGACUUGUUAUUAUGGUUUUCCACUCCGGAGUAGAAGAAGGGAGGCAUGGAAUCUCAUUAAAUCAUUAAAGCCACAAUCCAGUCUACCAUGGGUUAUGAUAGGGGAUUUUAAUGAUCUCUUAUUCCAGCACGAGAAGAGGGGAGGUAAUCCACAUCCCAAUUACCUUUUACGGGGUUUUGGGGAGGCCAUUGAGUAUUGUGGCAUGACUCAACUACCAAUGGAGGGUUAUCAGUUUACAUGGGAGAAGGGGAAGGGUACAGAUCGGUGGAUGGAAGAGAGACUGGACAAAGUGUUGGCCACAAAUACCUGGCGCGAUAGUGUCCCGGGGGCAAGAGUGACUAAUAUACUGACCAGAAGAUCGGAUCACUCCUUUCUCUUUCUGGGGAUUCAUGACCUGGUAGGGAGGGGGAGGACUCGAAGAAAACAAUUCCGGUUUGAGAUGGCAUGGGUCUAUGAUGAGGGCUGUAGGGCUGUGGUUGAGGAGUCAUGGAACGAGAAAAGACAUGAUGGGCUACAUGAGUGCAUUGCAUAUUGUGGAAAGUGGUUAUCUCGUUGGGGGGGUGAUCGUUACCAUAAGUUUGGAGAACGAAUUAAGCAGUUCCGGGGUGACCAAUUACGGUUGAGAGGGCGAACGGACCCAGAAUCGUUGACUGAAUUCCAGCGACUGGAGGAGGAGUUGAGCCGUGUUGAGGCCCAGGAGGAUGCAUACUGGAAACAAAGAGCAAAACAACAUUGGUUGAAAAAUGCUGAUGCCAAUACAAGAUUUUAUCACAGGUAUGCUUCUCACCGUAAAAAGAAAAACUUGCUAACUAGAAUUAUGGAUAAUACUGGGGAUUGGGUGGAAGGGGAGGCGAUGAAUGAUGUAAUCUUGGGUUAUUUUGCCAAUAUCUUUUGCUCUAGUAAUCUGGAGGAUGGGCAGGAUCUAUUUGAGAAAGUUACACCGAAAGUUACACAGGAGCAUAAUGAUGCAUUACUACAACCCUUUAGGGUGGAUGAGGUUAGGAGUGCUCUUUUUGCAAUGUUUCCUGAUAAGGCACCAGGCCCGGAUGGAAUGAAUCCAGGCUUUUACCAGCACUUCUGGGAUGUGGUAGGUGGGGAUCUGGCGAAUUAUAUUGUUGAAUGCCUUAAUACUCGAGUUUUUCCCUCUGCAUUAAAUGAAACGAAUGUUGUGUUAAUACCAAAAAAGGAUAUGCCUGAGCUGGUGACAGAUUUAAGACCCAUAGCCCUGAGUAAUGUUGUUUAUAGGGUAAUGGCGAAAAUGAUUACACAGAGAAUGAAGCCCUUGAUGGAUAAUAUUAUAUCUGGUACACAAAGUGCAUUUAUACCGGAUAGGCUCAUUACUGACAAUAUUUUGAUAGCAGCGGAAGUGGGCCACUUUCUGAAUAGGAAACAAUGUGGAAUGGUUGGCUGGGGAGCUUUAAAGUUAGAUAUGGCAAAGGCUUAUGAUCGAAUGGAAUGGCCUUUCCUGCAAGGGAUGUUAAAGGCGUUGGGAUUUGAUGAGAGAUGGGUGGACCUAAUUAUGUUAUGCGUGACUACAGUGUCUUAUAGAUUUUUGAUAAAUGGCUCUCCUAGUGACCCGGUCACGCCUACACGUGGUCUCAGACAGGGGGAUCCAUUUUCACCAUAUCUUUUUAUUAUAUGUGCAGAAGGGCUAUCCCUACUACUUCAACAGGCACAGGAUAAUGGUUUAAUUCAUGGUUGCAGAGUGGCACGAGGAGCACCCCCGAUUUCUCAUUUAUUCUUCGCGGAUGACAGCCUCUUGUUCUUUAAAGCUAAUCAGAAUGAGGCAGUUGAGGUUAAAAAUUGUUUGGCCAGGUAUGAAAUUCUCUCGGGACAAGUGGUCAAUUACCAUAAGUCUAGUAUUUGUUAUAGCAAGAAUACAUGUAGUGGGGAUAGGGAGAUGGUGGCGCAGAUCCUGGGUGUUGCCCAAGCUCCGAAUUUUGGUAAAUAUCUGGGUUUACCGGCUUUUGUAGGAAGGAAUAAAAAGGCUGCUUUUGCAUAUAUUGAGGAUAAAAUCAGGCAGAGAAUCAGCUCAUGGAAUAAGAAACUCUUAACGCAGGCAGGUAAAGAGGUAUUAUUGAAAAGUGUAGUCCAGGCAAUGCCUACCUUCUCAAUGAGUGUUUUUCUAUUGCCGUUAUCGGUCUGUGCAGCUAUUGAACGAACCAUGAAUCGAUAUUGGUGGGGAUCAGGAACUGACAGGGGUAUUCAUUGGAAGGCAUGGGAUAAAUUGUGUGUACCCAAGAAAUAUGGAGGCCUGGGUUUCAAGGAUCUGAAGGCAUUUAAUUUGGCUAUGUUGGGGAAGCAAGCAUGGCGUUUCCUAACUAAUACUGAUUCAUUGGUAUCCCGUGUCUAUAAAGCUAGGUAUUACCCUAAGCUAUCUUUCUCUGAUGCGAGUGUAGGGAAUAAUCCUAGCUACUGCUGGAGGAGUAUUAUGGCUGCUAAAGAAUUAAUUACCAGUGGGGUGCGACGACGUAUUGGAAAUGGUGAGUCGACGUUAGUAUGGAAGGAUCCUUGGCUCCAGGAUGAGUUGGAUCCUAUGGUCCAGACUGAGAUGCCGUUACAGCUAGCAGAUGCUAAGGUUGCAGGGUUGAUUGACCAAACAACUGGAUCAUGGGAUCCCCACAUUUUAGCAGAUAUUUUCCAUCCAAAUGAUAUACCUAGAAUCCUAAAGAUCCCCAUCUCCCCGGAUUAUGAAGAUACUUGGUAUUGGUACGGAGAUCCUAAUGGUUGCUACUCAGUGAAGAAUGGAUACAGGCUUAUAGUGGGCACCUAUAAUGCUAGCAUGGGUCUUGAUAAAUGGAACACCCUAUGGCGACUCAAGAUACCACCAAAAUGGAAAAUGUUCCUAUGGAGAGCUAUGAGCAAUAUAUUACCCACUACUAAUAACUUGCUUAUAAAAAGGGUGGAAGUUGAUCCGACAUGCGCAAUGUGUGGUUUAAUGCAUGAAGAUAUAAUGCACUCAUUAGUGUUGUGUGACUAUGCAAAAGCCAUAUGGAGCCAAUCUAACCUUCCCAUCCCCCAAGUUGUGACAAAUGUUUUUUAUGAAUGGUUUGGAACAUUGUUAGAUGUUCUAGAUUCUGAUGUAAUAUUGUUUGCAGCUGCGAUACUAUACAAUAUUUGGAGGGCCCGGAACGAAGCGGUGUGGAAUGCUUAUCUACCAAUGCCCAAGAAAGUGUUAGCCACGGCCUUAGCCGUCAUGAAGGCAUGGCAGCGCCUACAUGUUACUGCCGACCAGCCGAAUGCUGUCCACCAACACCCCACGGUACCGCCGCAAGCUGCGUUACCACCCAGCUCUCCCGUGUUAUUGCAACAACAGCCGCCACCUCAACAUGCCGAAGAUCAUCUACCCCAACCAAGGCGGUGUCUCAUCGAUGCAGGGUAUCACCCAACGUCCAUGACGGCCACCGCUGGAGCAGUAUUGUUCACCCACACUGGCGACUAUAUAUCAGCGUUCUCUGCACCUCCGCAAAGCUGCUUCUCACCGCUUAUGGCGGAGGCUAUGGCGUGCAAGGAGGUAUUAUCAUGGCUCAAGAAUCGGGGGGAACAAUCAGUUAACCUCUUCACAGAUUGUCAGACGCUACUCUCUUAUUUGUCGUUAACUACUAUCCAGACACGAUCCUAUCUUGGUUACGUCCUGGAAGACUGCAGAACCUAUUUAAGUAUGUUUGAUUAUUGUUCGGUUAAUUUUAUUUCUAGAUCGCAUAAUACUUUAGCUCAUACUUUAGCAACUGCUGCUUUUAAUUAUACAUUACCGAUGUACUGGGACAAUGUCCCCCCUGACUCUAUUUUGAUUCAUCUACAAAUACAACCCAAUGGUUGA